AGCGGCGGGUGGCGGCUGGGGACCGGGCGGCGGCUGGCUGGGGACAGGGUGGCGGCUGGGGGGAGGGCUGGUGUACCCCUUCGGGGGGGUACGGGCAGGACAGGUAAGGGUGGGGUGGGGGUCUGCACAACCGGGGGGGGGGGGGGACCGGCUUGGAAUCGGAGGUCGGCGCCGGAGGGUGGCGGGGAGCGGCGACGGGGUCGGUGCCGCGGACCGGAGUUCGGUGCCGGCGGUGGAGUCGAGUCGGCGCCGGGGACCGGGGACCGGUGCGGGAGAGAGGGAGAGAGGGUCGGCGCCGGAGGUCGGCAUCGGAGCCGGAGGUCGGGCCCGGAGGUUGGGUCGGGUCGGCACCGACGGUUGACGACGGCGACGGGGGCCGGUGACCGGAGCUAG